GUAGGCUCAACCAAGAGCGCCGGGCGGUCACCUGGAGCUGUGAGAAGGGGCCGAUCGCUCGUGGGACCCACGCGCUUCAGCGGGCGGAGGUGGGAGAGGAAAGCAGACGCGAGGGGUCCCCGUGUUGGUUGGUGCUCAGCCGCCCGCGUUGCGCCUCUCUGCGGCAGAGGAUGCGGGAGCGCAUCUGGACGAAGCUGCUGCUGCUGCUGCUGCUGCUGCUGCUACCGCCGCCACUGUGGGGCGGCCCCCAGGACAGCCGGCGCCAGGAGCCCCAGCCCGAGCCCCAGCCCGAGCGCGGGCCCCUGCAGCCCUACGAUCUGCUCUACGCCAGCGGCAUAGCCGCCUAUUACAGCGGAGAUUUCCAACGAGCGGUGCGCGACUUGGAAGCGGCGCUGCGCAGCCACCGGCGACUGCGGGAGAUCCGCGCGCGCUGUGCCCGGCAUUGUGCGGCGCGCCGCCCGCUCGUGCCCCCCGGGGCCGGGCCCGGGCCCGGGGCUGAGCUACCUUUCUUCCGUGCCCUGUUAGAGCGGGCUCGCUGCUACCGCAGCUGUGAGCACCAACGCCUGGGAGGACCCGAGUCCCGACACCGCGUCAGCGAGGACGUGCGCAGCGACUUCCAGCGCCGAGUGCCCUACAACUACCUGCAGCGGGCCUACAUCAAGCUUAACCAGUUGGAAAAGGCAGUGGAAGCCGCCCAUACAUUUUUCAUGGCCAACCCUGAACACAUGGAAAUUCAGCAGAACAUUGAGAAUUACCGAACAAUGGCUGGAGUGGAAGACUUCCAGUUGGUAGAUCGAGAAGCCAAACCACACCUUGAGAGCUACAGUGCAGGAGUGAAACAUUAUGAGGCUGAUGACUUUGAAGUGGCUAUCAAGUACUUUGAACAGGCAUUAAGAGAAUAUUUCAGUGAAGAUGUGGAAUGUCGAACUCUCUGUGAGGGACCUCAGAGAUUUGAGGAGUAUGACUACUUACGGUAUAAAGCUGGUCUGUAUGAAGCCAUUGCAGAUCACUACAUGCAGGUGCUGGUGUGUCAGCAUGAAUGUGUGAGGGAACUUGCCACUCGCCCUGGCCGCCUCUCACCAAUUGAGAACUUUCUUCCCCUGCAUUAUGAUUACCUACAGUUCGCCUACUACAGAGUUGGUGAAUACGUGAAGGCCUUGGAGUGUGCCAAGGCCUAUCUUCUGUUCCACCCGGACGAUGAGGAUGUGCUCGAUAAUGUGGACUACUAUGAGAGUCUGCUGGAUGAGAACAUCGACCCGGCAUCCAUCGAGGCCAGAGAGGAUUUGGUGAUGUUUGUGAAACGUCAUAAAUUGGAAUCUGAACUGAUAAAGUCAGCUGCAGAAGGUCUGGGAUUUUUAUAUACAGAACCAAAUUAUUGGAUCAGCUAUGGAGGACGACAGGAUGAAAAUCGGAUUCCUUCAGGAGUGAACAUAGAGGAGGCAGAAGUGCAUGGUUUGUCAAUGAGGAAAAAGUCACCAAAUAUAGUUCGAGACCUGAGAGAAGGUGGGCCUUUGCUGUUUGAGAACAUCACCUUUGUUUACAACUCAGAGCAACUGAACGGGACGCAGCGGGUUCUUCUGGAUAAUGUCCUGUCUGAAGAACAGUGCCGGGAGCUGCACAGUGUGGCCAGUGGAAUCAUGCUUGUCGGUGACGGCUAUCGAGGGAAAACAUCACCUCACACACCCAACGAAAAGUUUGAAGGGGCAACGGUCCUGAAAGCACUCCGAUUUGGUUAUGAAGGCCGAGUGCCUCUGAAGAGCGCCCGUCUGUUUUAUGACAUCAGUGAAAAGGCUAGAAAGAUCGUGGAAUCCUAUUUCAUGCUGAAUUCCACCCUGUAUUUCUCCUAUACACACAUGGUCUGCCGAACAGCCCUGUCCGGCCAGCAGGACAGGAGAAAUGACCUCAGCCAUCCCAUCCAUGCUGAUAACUGCCUGUUGGACCCAGAAGCCAAUGAGUGCUGGAAGGAGCCUCCGGCAUACACUUUCCGCGACUAUAGCGCGCUCCUAUAUAUGAACGAUGACUUUGAAGGAGGAGAAUUCAUAUUCACCGAAAUGGAUGCUAAGACUGUGACAGCCUCAAUAAAACCCAAGUGUGGGCGCAUGAUCAGCUUCUCGUCAGGAGGAGAGAACCCGCACGGAGUGAAGGCCGUCACCAAAGGCCAGAGAUGCGCCGUGGCUCUGUGGUUUACCCUGGACCCAUUGUACAGAGAGCUGGAGCGAAUACAGGCAGAUGAAGUGAUCGCCAUCCUGGACCGGGAACAGCAAGGGAAGCAUGAACUGAAUAUCAACCCCAGAGAUGAGCUAUAAA